AUGGGGGUGUGCGGGCGGGGCUGGGCGUGCUGCGGGGGCCUGCGGCUCCCCGGGGGGCCGGGCCCCCUCUGGGCCCUGGCGCUGGGCCGGCCGGCCCCGCGGGGGGCCCGGGGGCUGCGGAGCUCCAACCCCUUCACCCGCAGGCAGGAGGAGGAAUGGCGGCGCCGGAACCGGUCGGCACUUGCCUACAUCGCCGCCGCCGCCGUGGGCAUGGUGGGCAUGUCCUACGCGGCCGUGCCGCUCUACCGCCUCUACUGCCAGGCCACGGGCCUGGGCGGGACAACCGGCGCAGGCCACAGCGCGGAGCAGAUCGAGGGCAUGGAGCCGGUGAGAGACCGGGUCAUCAGGGUCACUUUCAACGCCGACGUGCAUUCCAGCAUCCAUUGGAACUUCAAACCCCAGCAGAGGGAAAUCUACGUGGUACCAGGAGAGACAGCACUGGCCUUUUAUAAAGCGAAAAAUCCUACAGACAAACCAAUAAUUGGUAUCUCUACCUACAAUGUAAUACCCUUUGAAGCAGGACAGUAUUUCAAUAAAAUACAAUGUUUUUGUUUUGAAGAACAGCGGCUAAAUCCUCAAGAGGAAGUGGACAUGCCUGUCUUUUUCUACAUUGAUCCAGAAUUUGCAGAGGACCCUAAAAUGGCUAAAGUUGAUUUGAUCACCCUCUCAUACACCUUUUUUGAAGCAAAGGAAGGACAGAAGUUACCACUUCCUGGAUAUCAGUAAUGGGCAACCCGUAUACCAUUUGACUUCUGCUGCUUGCCUACCAGUUUUGAAACUAUUUUUCCAUGGCAGGGAAAACUGCAGGAGUACUCUGCAAUAUGAAACUAUAUUAUUAAACCACCACAGGCACAUGCUGCUGUUAUGAAAGGAUGUAUUUCUGGUUUUUUUUUUUUAAAAAAAACCCCAACCUGUGUAGUUGGAAUAUUACUUCUUAGGGAUAGUAUUUCUUCAUCAGACAAAAGAAGGGAACACACUUUUCCUGGAAGAGAGGCAGUUUUCUCAAGCCAUCUUUUUAUAAAAUGAUAACAUCUUACCUGAAUACUGUGAGGCAAGUUUUUAAACCCAAGUGUGAAUUGAGAUCUUCAUUUAAAUACAGAGGAACGAAUCAGUUUAUUAAGCAUAUAAAAUUGCAUUGCUGGCUCUGAAGAAUAACUUCCAUGUGAGUUAGUUUAUAAAAAGGUAAAAACAGGUAAUCAAUUCAUGGAAUCUCAAAACUAAACUAAAAGUUAGACUGUAUUGCUAUGUAACCCUCCCGUGGCAGAGGAGGGAGCGUAUGAUGAUUCAGAAGAUGAUGCACCCUCUCAAAUUAUUACUGAAUCAGUAGUUUAUUUGCUAAGAGCAGACUGCUUGCAAACUGUUAUCAUUUGAAUGAGGAACAGUAAUUUAAAUGUAAGCACGUCAAAUCUCUGGUGUGGUUUCCGUAUAGAAAUACUAUCUUCAAACUGUGAUGUUGUGUUCAAGUCAUUUAAAAUAUCUGUACUGCUAAUGACUGCUCUUCCACUCCGCAGAGGGCUGUACACCGGGCAGCUCUAGACAGAAACAAGCUCGGCUUACAUAUGAAACACUUUGAAGGGAAAGGCGGUACAUAACCAACUGCUCUGAACUGCAGGCUAAAUUAAUGGCACAGGAGUCUCCUCAAAAACCAAAAGGAAACCAACCCCAUUCAGAGGUUAAGUCUGACAAAGCCUGCCCAGAAGCAUAGUCCUAGGUACUCUGUUUACCAUUGAACAUGUAAGCCUGUAUUUAUGUAACUUUUGGUCAUUAUCUGUGGGGUAGGGAUAAUAACACUUUAUCAUAGCUUUGCAAAUGAGGAGUGAGUUGCAGAACGAGUUUAAGUGACCUACUCAUUUUCAGAAAGGAAUUAAUCUCAGGCCAGUACCUCAUCUGCUAGGCCAGUUCUUUCUCCCCCUUCUAGCAGAUGAGAUCUACCAAAGACAGACUAAUGUUGGUUUGUUUGGACUCUAAAAAGGUAAUGGGUAUAUCAGAAACAACCUCGUUACUUUAGUCUCAAUUAUGUUUGCAUACCAUAAUUUAAAAAGUGCUUUUUUGACAAUAAAUGGAUGCUACCUUUAAAAUGCAUUACUGUACCAAUUAUACGUGUUAUUUAAUUAGA